GUUAGAGGGCAAAAAUUCUUGCUACAAAUCCGAAAGUAAAUCCAAAAUAAAUUAGUAUUCCGUUUUAAAAUAUUUUACUCAUUUUAUAUAUUUUUACAUAUCAUGGAUGUGUUAUGCAACUUUUUAAGCGCCGACCUUUACUGUUUGCUGAAGCAGAUUUUUGACGUACUGGGCUUUGGAGGUUGCAGUUCUGAUUCAGAUGAAUCAAUAGCUCUGAAAAGAGUGAAGAAAAAUGCAAACAUUACAGGGAAAAUUAAAAAGCUGCAUUUGGUGAGCCGACCUAGCUAUACAAUAAGACACGAGUAUCCGGGUCCUCUGGUCACCUACGAUGGCGAGGAGCGAUGUGAGCCUCGAUUGAUUCGCUUUUCGGACUUGAGCAGGAGCAAAGUGGAUGUACUUCUACAAGAUUGUAGUGGGGAGGAGGUCGGAGAAUCAAGUGAAGAAGAGGAGGAGCCAGAAUUCGAUAGUUGUUGCUCGGAAAAUAAGAAACACGCUCCUGGCAAACAAGAUUUCGGUAAGAAAAAACCAGGUCGCAAUCGAAAAGAAUCCCUGAAGGAGUCACAACAGCCUAUUGUAAAGAAAAAAUGUUCACAGAAAGCAUGCAAAAAAGAGUCCCGCCAAGAGCGUGAUUUUGGGUGCCAAACUAUUUCCUCUAAAGAAGAUAUCUGUCCUGAGGAAGACUCACAGAAUGAGGAAAAGCCAGACACCUAUUCCCUGUUGAACUUUGUAAGAACUCUCUUUCCAAAAAGGAAGUGCUUAAUAAAUUCUAAUCAGAGCUGUGGAGAGGAGGAAUUCCUCAAUGAAUGUCCUCCCACUGAAGAGGAAAUGAAAGAGCAGGAGGAUCGUGCCAGGGCUCUGUACGAAAAGUGUGUUGGCCAGUCCAACCAUGCAGUUUCCUGGGAAUCCCUGGAGCCGGCGAUGAAGCUCCGUUUUCAAUGGAAGGCUUUCACGGGAGACGACUUGAAGGAAACGCCCUACGAUAAUUUCUGUGUGAGUUUCACCAGGAGCUUCUGCAAUACCUUUCCUUGGGCCACAGGUCGAACGGCAAGAGCUGAGAGGCAAACCACCUGGUGCAAUCUGAAUCGCUGCGAGCGACUGCCCUUCAUACUGCAGGCUCUACUGUAUCAAGUGGCCAGCGGAGCCGUCGAUCCCGAAGAUCACUGCGCCGUUCGUGAACUUUUUCACAAGUUGAGAUAAAGGAAAAAGAACGUUUUCCAUUUCCAUUUCGAUUUUAUACGAACCAGAUGUUGUGGCCAAUCUAUUUUGGUGCUGAGCCUCGAAAUUCGCAGCUCUUUCUCCCCUUCGGAGUCCCUCGAUUGGUGCUCUUGAACCAGUUUUGUCGAGAAUAAUGGAUCCCCUACUUCUGGC